UCCCAUCCCUCUCUCACCAGUCUUUCACGUUUCAACUUUCAAGACACUUUUUUCUUGAAAAAAAAAAAAAUAAUAAAACAGUUUACCACAAAAACUCACAAAAUCCCAAGAGUUAAAUUGGUCAUAAAGAUAGAAUCUCACGUCUUAAUAGUUGCUUCAAUCUGUUCCAUCCCGUGUACGCCCAUUCCACCACUAGCCUUUAGGCCAUUCAUAUUUGAGGGUCGCUAGGAAAAGGCCACCUUUCUACUCUUUCUUGCUUUCUAACAGCAUAGUAGUACUUGUGAAUAUUCUCCCACCCUUUUCCGUCUCUCCCCUCUGUUUCAAACCAUUCUGCUGCUCUGCAACCUGCAUCACCCCCUCACCCUCUUCGACCAUAAAUUACUGAUAACAUAGUACGGUGUUAGCAUCCUCGUCACUUAGUUAUUUCCUCCACUGUAAAAACCCAAUCUCGUUUCUUAAACUCCUUGUGUUUUAUGGUUUAGUAGAAUCAUUUUGCUUAUCUGGGCUUUAUCCGGGAUAAGGAAAUAAGAUAUGGGUUCAUUUUGUACCAGUAAAAGGAGUGCUCUUUAUGCUAUCUUUCUUUGUGUUUUUCUUGUUCAGCUAUGCCACUCUGCUUCUUCCAAGUUGUAUGUGGUUUAUAUGGGCAGCAGAGGAAGUGAUGAGCCAGAUGAGAUUUUGAGGCUAAACCGUCAAAUGCUUACUGUUGUCCACAAAGGAAGUGUGGAACAAGCAAUGGACUCGCAUGUGCGUAGUUAUAGACAUGGUUUUCGAGGCUUUGCUGCCAAGUUGACGGAAGAACAAGCUUCUGAAAUUGCAAAAAUGCCCGGAGUAGUAUCCGUAUUUCCCAAUACCAAGAGGAGUCUGCACACUACUCAUUCAUGGGAUUUUAUGGGCCUCAUUAAUGAAGAGACUAUGGAAAUACCUGGUUAUUCAACCAAAAAUCAAGUGAAUGUUAUUAUUGGUUUCAUUGAUACAGGAAUUUGGCCUGAGUCACCAAGUUUCAGUGACGCUGACAUGCCUCCAGUGCCAGUUGGAUGGAAAGGAGAAUGCCAAUCAGGGGAAGCAUUUAAUGCUUCAACAUGCAAUAGGAAAGUAAUAGGUGCAAGAUAUUACUAUAGUGGCUAUGAAGCUGAAGAAGAUGCAGGAGAGACCACCACGUCUUUUAAGUCCCCAAGGGACAGCUCAGGCCAUGGCAGUCACACAGCUUCAACUGCUGCUGGUCGUUAUGUGCAGAACAUGAAUUAUAAGGGCUUAGCAGCUGGAGCAGCCAGAGGGGGUGCACCAAUGGCUAGGAUUGCAGUGUACAAGACUUGCUGGAGCUCUGGUUGCUAUGAUGUUGAUCUUUUGGCUGCUUUUGAUGAUGCAGUUAGAGAUGGAGUUCAUAUCAUUUCUCUAUCUCUAGGACCUGAUGCUCCCCAGGGCGAUUACUUCAAUGAUGCCAUUUCCAUAGGGUCGUUCCAUGCAGUUAGCCGGGGAAUAGUGGUGGUUGCUUCAGCUGGAAAUGAAGGAAGUGCUGGAUCAGCAACAAACCUUGCUCCAUGGCUGAUUACUGUUGCUGCUAGUUCAACCGAUAGGGAUUUUAGAUCUGAUAUCAUUUUGGGAAAUAGAGCUCAUGUCACGGGAGAAAGCCUGACUCCACUUGAGAUGAAUGCAUCAGCACGAAUCAUCCCUGCUUCUGAAGCUUAUGCUGGAUAUUUCACUCCUUAUCAAUCCAGUUACUGUUUAGAUAGUUCUUUGAAUAGUACAAAGGCGAGAGGGAAGGUUCUGGUUUGCAGACAUUCUGGAAGUUCAACUGAGUCAAAGCUAGCAAAAAGUGUAGUUGUUAAUGAAGCUGGGGGAGUCGGGAUGAUUUUAAUAGAUGAAUCAGACAAGGAUCUUGCUGUUCCCUUUGUCAUCCCUGCAGCAAUUGUUGGGAAGCAAUUGGGUUCGAAAAUCCUGUCUUAUAUCAAUAAUACACGAAAGCCUUUGUCAAGAAUUCUAUCUGCUCAGACUGUACUGGGAUCUCAACCUGCUCCUCGAAUAACAGCAUUUUCUUCAAAAGGCCCCAAUGUUCUUACCCCCGAAAUUUUGAAGCCUGAUGUUGCAGCUCCUGGGUUAAACAUUCUGGCUGCCUGGUCUCCAGCAACUGCAAAAUUAAAGUUUAAUAUUCUAUCUGGAACUUCAAUGGCCUGCCCACACGUAACUGGGAUUGUGGCUCUUAUAAAAGCAGUGCAUCCUUCAUGGUCACCAUCUGCUAUCAAAUCUGCAAUUAUGACAACAGCUACUGUUUUGGAUAAGCAUCACAAGCCAAUCACAGCAGACCCUGAGGGGAGAAGAGGAAAUGCAUUUGAUUAUGGCUCUGGCUUUAUAAACCCCUCUAAAGUACUUGAUCCAGGUCUAGUUUAUGAUGCGAAGCCUACAGAUUAUAAAGCCUUUCUCUGUUCAAUUGGUUAUGAUGAGAGAUCGCUUCACCUGAUCACAAGAGACAACAGCACCUGCGCUCAAUCAUUUGCAACAGCAUCUGACCUUAAUUAUCCAUCUAUUGUAGUCCCUAAUCUUAAACAGAACUUCUCUGUGAUCAGAACUUUGACGAAUGUGGGAAGGCAAAGAAGUAUCUACAAAGCUGUUGUAUUUGCUCCCAAAGGAGUCAAUGUUACCGUUGUACCUCGACGAAUAGUCUUUGAUAGCUACGGGCAAAAGAUUAACUUCACUGUCAAUUUUAAGGUAGCUGCUCCACCAACGGGUUAUGUUUUUGGAUCUCUGUCGUGGAGGAACAGAAGAUCAUGGAUAACAUCCCCGCUUGUCAUCCGAGCAAUGCAUUCCAAGAUGGGACUGGUAUUUUAGGCCUGGCUUUAGAAGAGAGACAGCUCGUGGCUUCUGAAAUUACAGCAGAUAUAGGCAAGUAAAAGCAAAUGUACAUUCAUAAGAUAAAGACAGGAAGAGUUUCCUGCAUUAUUGAAUGCACACAUUCUUUUGAAGAUAGCAAAAAUGUGAUCAGUUGCAGUCUACCGCAAAUAUGCAUAAUUUCGAACUUAUUCAUUGUC